AUGACCCUUACCAGCAAUCGGGUUACUCUCCCUGCUAUCAUCACGCCACUUGUGACAGUCGACAUGAUACUUGCAGCUCUUGGAGAUUUCUGCGCGUCCUGCGAAUACGACUCAUCUGAUCAAGCAUCGGAUCAAGAAUCAGCUACGGCGGACAGAGCUUCGAGACGCGGGCCACUCUCAGCGCAGGAAACAGCGACUCCGACAAGGGAAGAGGGGCAACCGUCGGUGGCCUUUUUGACCGACGCAGGAGGAGACUGGGACGGAGACGCCUGCAAACUGCGUCGAAACCCAUUCCUGGUGGAUGCAGGCGACACAGUCUCGGAAAUGUUUAUCAAGAAUGUAGCGACAGGCCGAAGAUGA